AUGAGCUCACACGGACAGAUCCACUCCAACCCGGAGCUCGCCUAUCACGAGCAUCGAGCUCACUCAACCUUCACCUCGCUCCUCACCUCUCCCCCGUUUGCUGACUUGGGAAUUACUGUUACCCCUCAUGCGUACGGUGUAGAAACCUCCUUCUCUGCCGACUUUGGCUCCGGUGGCCGCCUCGUUGUAUUCAACGCCGAGUAUGAUGCCCUCCCUGGAAUAGGCCAUGCUUGUGGGCAUAACCUCAUCGCCUCCUCGGCUCUUACUGCUUUAAUUGGUACUGUCCAUGCCCUCAAAGCCUCCGGAAAGCCAGGAAGGGUGCGUCUUCUGGGAACCCCUGCAGAAGAAGGAGGCGGCGGAAAGAUCCCGCUCAUCGAGGCUGGAGCAUACAAUGAUGCGGCCGCAUGCCUGAUGACGCACCCUGGGCCCCAGUACCUUCUUAGUGGGAACGUAACAGGAGUCGCUGCAGCAAAGAUGCUGGCGAAUGUGAAGUGGCGAGUGAGCUUUCAUGGAAAGACAGCACAUGCAUCAAUGGAGCCGUGGAAUGGCGUCAAUGCUCUCGACGCCGUGUGCCUCUCCUAUAAUGCCGUUUCUAUGCUUCGCCAACAGAUCCGGCCAUACGAGAGAAUUCAUGGAGUCUUUAACGAGGCAGGAGAUCGGCCAAGUGUCAUCCCCGGCACCACAAGCGUUUCAUACUACGUCCGCAGUGAUACCCUCGCUGCGACAGAGCGGCUUUGGGCACGCGUGAAAGCCUGCUUUGAUGGUGCUGCGUUGGCAACAGGCUGCAGCGUUUCAUACGAGCCCAUCAACACGUACGCCGACCUUCGAUCUUCGAUUCCACUGUGCAAAGCCUUCAUUGAGACCGUGGAUACAGCAGCCGCUGGCAAUACACCCUGGCUCGAUUCUGGCGAUAAACAAGAUGAAACCAUUUCUCUCUUUGAACCGUCAGACUUUAUUGGUGGUUCCACCGACAUGGGUAAUGUCACCUACGUCUGCCCAGGUAUCCACGUCGCCUUUGGCAUUGACACAGCCCAUGGUCAAGGAAACCAUACGAGCGGUUUCGCGGACGCGGCAGCACUGGAAAAGUCUUUUACUAGAGCUGUGGAAUGGGGGCAAGGUAUGGCUAUUGUGGGAUGGCGUGUACUUGAUGAGGACGCGUUUGCCGAAGAGGUGAGAAGGGAGUGGGAAGAGGACAUGAAGAGGGCUAGCCAGUGA